AUGGAAGGAUGUUACAUGCCCAACAACCCUAGCUUCGGGCAAGAACUGUGGCGAACUCCUCCGAAUGGGUAUGUCUUUGACACGCAUUCGCCGGUCGCAUCACAUGGGACUGGCGGCAGAGGAAGCGGCCAGAACUUCGGAUAUCCAGACCUCAAUGUCUCCCGAUCACCUGUGGAUUUCAAUUUCACCAACUGCAGUUUUUCAGCUAUGGAUCCUGAUCCAAUAGCGAGCAUGUUAAGCUUCAACAGUUACUCUCCUCCGUAUAAGGAAUACCCGGCAGCUAAAGAGAAAGGACCUUACGGACACGAUAUGGCUGAUGUUCUACUGUCCUUAAAGCACGCUGUUGUACAUCCCGGUACUGGAUUUUUGACAUCAUCUCCCGUAGCGUCGUCUUCUGGCGUAUACCCACCAUGCAGCGACCAGUUAUCACCUUUAUCACCUAUGUCACAUCCUCACUACGGUCAUGUAGGACUUAAUUUUGGAGGGAGCACCCCCUCUCACGGGGUCAGCUCCCCUAACAACGUUUCCUAUUCCAUCUACCCCCAGUUUCAGGUGACUAAUAAUAAUUGCAUGGUCCCACAAAAUAACAUGUACUAUGGAGUAGACAUUCCUCCUCCCUCACCCAUGGGUACAGUUGGUUGCAAUGGUGUUUCCCAAGCUACCCAACCACAGGGAGGGUCUAUGUUCCCUGCGUCGAUGAGUGUGAACUUAUCCAUGAAUAUGACCAUGGGGGUUACAGGAUUUGGAGAUCAUCAGUUUUAUGGAAGUCCCACUGGACCACCCCAGCCUCAAGUUCAAUGGAGUGCUUCUGCAGCAACUCCCAGUCAAUAUGGAGCUACUCAGGUGCAAGCAGGUUAUGGACAAGUCGGUUACACUCCUCCUUCCCCUGUGUACAACCCUGUAGGAACUUGUACAAUCACAGCUGAACUACGGUCUGGUGAUACCAUGACUCUUCCACCACUGGAGAAAGAAUUCUCGACUAGCAUGUCGCCGCUAAAGUCCAUGAAUACCUGCAUCUCAGCACCCAAACACCUUGAUUACGGUUUUCUGCAGCCAGUAACCACAAUGAAACCAAAACCGCGAGUUGUACCUGUCGUCCCUCGCACAGCUCAGUUCAUUUCCCAAACCGGAGUUAUGGAAGAACCGCCAUCAGCCUGUAGUAAGCCUAAUUUGUGCCGAAUAUGUGGAAAGACCUACGCUCGACCAAGUACCUUAAAAACACAUAUGCGCACACAUUCCGGAGAACGCCCCUAUAGGUGCAACACUUGCAACAAGUCUUUCUCCCAGGCGGCUAACCUAACAGCGCACAUCCGCACUCACAGUGGCGAAAAACCUUUUCGUUGUCCCAUCUGUGAACGCCAGUUUUCUCAAAGUUCUUCAGUCACCACACAUAUGCGCACACAUUCCGGCGAAAGACCAUACCGGUGUUGUAUGUGUAAGAAAGCCUUUUCUGAUAGUUCUACCUUAACAAAACACCUUCGUAUUCACAGUGGAGAAAAACCAUAUCAAUGCAAACUGUGUCUUCUACGGUUCUCCCAAUCUGGGAAUCUUAAUCGACACAUGCGUGUUCACGCUACUACAAAUUAA